AUGGGUGAACAUCAUCCUGACGUCGACAUUGGAACACAGGAUCCACAUGAACGGAGAGAACAACCGGGCCAUGUGUCCAGGUGCACGUGUCAACCGGUUCUAUGGGCCCGGGGUGGGCGGAGGAUCACCAAGACCCACGUGUGGACGGAGAUACAUACGGCCAUAUCCGAAUCGUCAUAUGAGUGUUUGAUGCGAGAACGUCAAGUCGCAUGGGGUGGAUCUACGUCAUCACAACAAAAAAGUUAUCAGGCCUCCAUUCCACAAGUACCCAAACCGACUAUGGAAUCCUCGCAUUCACAUAUUCGACCAGAUCCAUAUCAAAUGUUCGGCGCGGCAAGUAGCAGACUAGCUUCGUCAGCUCGAUGUGUUCCUGAUAUGCUGUGUUCGAUGCUCUCACAAUCGCGAGGAAGUGGACAAAUUCAACUUUGGCAAUUUCUACUAGAAUUAUUAUCAGACAGCAGUAACGCCAAUUGCAUCACGUGGGAAGGAACGAAUGGAGAAUUCAAACUCACAGACCCGGAUGAAGUUGCACGACGAUGGGGAGAACGUAAAAGUAAACCAAACAUGAAUUACGACAAACUGAGCCGAGCUUUACGGUAUUACUACGAUAAGAACAUUAUGACCAAAGUACACGGAAAACGAUAUGCCUAUAAAUAUGACUUUGCUGGACUGGCUCAACAAAUGCAAAUGCACUCUGACCCCACGGCGUACAAGUACCAAUCGGACUAUUCCUAUCUCUCGAGUUACAGCCAUGCACCCAAACUGAAUUUUAUGAGCACGCCCAUAGCGACCUCGUCCGCGGGUUUAUUUGCUAACCCUACAUCGUAUUGGUCCUCGUCCGCAGCAGCAAAUAUCUACCCCAGCAGUCACAUGACACAUCACCCGAGUCACAUGUCACCACACCUUGGGUCAUAUUACGGAUGA